AUGCAUGCAAGAGGCAAGAAAACAAGCUACAAGCUACCACCGGGACCUUCCCUUCUUACUAUCAUAAAAAACUCUCUUGAUUUGUACAAAAAGCCACAACAGACCAUGGCUAAACUUGCUAAGGUGUAUGGCCCAAUAAUGCGUUUUAAGAUAGGGCAAGCAACCACCAUUGUAGUCUCGUCCACAAACGCAGUCAAAGAGAUUCUUCAAACCCAUGACACAUUAUUCUCAGACAGAACAAACCCUGAUAUUACAACAGCUUAUAACCACAACCAUUAUAGCUUGGUUUUCCUCCCAGUUUCACCUCUUUGGCAAGAUCUAAGGAAAAUAUGCCAUGGCCAUUUGUUCUCCAACAAGACUCUUGAUGCCAGCCAAGACCUUAGGCGCAAGAAACUUCAAGAACUCCUCAGUGAUAUCCGUCAAAACAGCCUUAAGGGUGAAACAGUGGAUGUUGGAAGAGCAGCUUUCAUGACUUGCAUUAACUUUCUAUCCUACACGUUUGUCUCUCAAGAUUUUGUUGACUCUGUAGGUAACGGUGAGUAUAAGCAUAUUGUGGGGACUCUCUUGAAAGCAACUGGGACACCUAACUUGGUGGAUUAUUUCCCAAUGUUAAGGUUGUUUGACCCACAAGGCAUUCGAAGGCACACCAGUAAUUAUAUUGACAAGUUGUUCGAUGUCUUGGACCCCAUAAUUGAGGAACGGAUGAAGCUCAGAAAAGAGAUGCAUUAUGUCACAAACAAUGACAUGUUAGACACAUUGCUUGAAAUUUCUGAAGGGAAUACCCUGAAGAUAAAUAAAAAACAGAUCAAACAUUUAUUUCUUGACCUACUUGUGGCGGGAACUGAUACAACGGCAUAUGGAUUAGAAAGGACAAUGACUGAACUAAUGCACAGCCCAGAGGCAAUGGCAAAGGCCAAAAAGGAGUUGGAGGAAACCAUUGGAAGAGGUAAUCCGGUUGAGGAAUCAGACGUUGCAAGACUUCCAUAUUUGCAAGCAGUGAUAAAAGAGAGUUUGCGUUUACAUCCACCAGCGCCACUUUUGCUCCCUAGGAGAGCCAAGAUAGAUGUGCAAGUGUGUGGCUACACAAUCCCAAAGGGUUCCCAAAUCCUUAUCAAUGAGUGGGCCAUUGGUAGGAACCCAAACAUAUGGGAUAAUGCACAUGUUUUUUCACCUGAAAGAUUUUUGGGUUCUGACAUUGAUGUCAAAGGUCGCAACUUUCAGCUCACCCCAUUUGGCAGCGGUCGACGUAUAUGCCCUGGCUCUCCUCUUGCUGUUAGGAUGUUGCAUUUGAUGUUGGGAUCAUUGAUCAACUCUUUUGAUUGGAAACUUGAAAACAAUAUCAAUCCAAAAGACAUGGACUUGGAUCAAUCCCUACGAGCUAUUCCAGUUAUGAGAAAAUAA